UUAAGUUGUGAAAGUUCCGUUUGUUUAGUUUUCUCUGCUUUUCAAAGCGUACUCAACCUCUCUAUUUUUUCCGGAAUUUAUUGCAAGCAGAACUUGCUCGAUACUAGUUUAUGUAGAUAAAAGUUAUACAGAAUUUUUUAAACGUUAAUAUUCCAAAACAUUAUUCAGAAAAGAAAAUGAGUUUACGUGUUCUCGUUGGGUGCAAAAGAGUGAUUGAUUAUGCUAUUAGAAUUAGGAUAAAAGGUGACAAAAGUGGAGUAGUAACUGAAGGUGUUAAGCAUAGUUUAAAUCCUUUUGAUGAAAUAGCCGUGGAAGAAGCAGUCCGAAUGAAAGAAAAGAAAAUAUGCAGUGAGAUUAUAGCUGUUUCUGUUGGUCCGCAAUCUUCUCAAGAAACUUUACGAACAGCUUUGGCUAUGGGUGCAGACAAAGGAAUUCAUGUUGAAGUAGAUGGAAAAGAUUAUGAAACUCUGUUGCCUUUUCAUGUAUCUAAAAUUCUUGCUGCAUUAGCUCAAAAGGAAAAAGUUGAUUUAGUUAUAACAGGAAAGCAAGCUAUUGAUGAUGAUGCUAAUCAAACAGCACAAAUGACAGCUGCUCAAUUAGACUGGCCUCAGGCAACUUUUGCUUCUGAAAUUGUGAAAGCUGAUAAUACCCUUAAAGUUAAAAGAGAAGUUGAUGGCGGAUUAGAAAAUAUUACAGUUAAGUUACCAGCUGUAGUCAGUGCAGAUUUACGCUUGAAUGAGCCAAGAUAUGCUACACUACCUAAUAUUAUGAAAGCAAAAAAGAAACCUAUUACUGUUAUGAAGCCAGGAGACUUAGGUGUUGAUAUUUCACCUAGAAUUGAAAUCAUCAGUGUUGAAGAUCCACCAACUAGAGAAGCGGGUACUAAAGUCCAAUCAGUUGAUGAACUACUUCAAAAAUUGAAGGACCUUGGAAGAUUAUGAGUAUUUAAUAUAAAAACUAAAUUUGUCAAGCAAAUAUUUUUUACUGUAACAUGUAUUGAGUAAGUUCUAGCAUGCUCAUCAAAUAUCAAUGUUAUCCUUUAAGAAGAGAGGUUUAAAAGAAGAAGAAACUAUAUUUAUUGAUUAAAAAAAACAUACAGAUAUUGUUUAACAAUCUGUUAUCCUAUGAAAUUGUAUGUAUUUUCAAUUUUUCUGUAAUUUUUGUAAUAAACUGUUUAUUAAAAAGGU